CGCUCUAAAGCGACGAGAUCAAACUUCACAGAGGAAUUUUCCCAGGUUGGCACCAUUUGAAUGCGGAUUCUAGCUCGGUCACCCUGGACCUGAUCCAUGUAGGUGUAUUGGGUCUACUGUAGGUCUAUAUUCUUUACCACAUGUCUCUUCAAAUUUGGAAGCAAAAAUCUCUCCGUAAUAAUGUUUUAGUUUCGUCAAUAUUGGUUUUCACACGAAGGAUGAUAACUCGGGUUAGGCAGGCAGUGCUUUGCUUUUUUCUUACUACUAUGCCUAUUGAAGCUGACACUAUUUUAUCGCUCCUUUCAUUUCCUAACAUGGGGAGGGAUCUUAGGGCUAGCGACCCACUAGAUGGAAGUGGAAUGUAUAGAUCGGUAUAUUCUGCAGGAAUACCAAUUCUAGACUACACUUACUGUAUUACCUCCUUGCAUAAAUAGCGAUACUACUUUUUAUUCAUAGAGGUUAAUAGAUUGAUAGAUUUGUCAUGGGAGCUGGCUCCCGUCUUGGCGUUACUAGGUAUUUUAAUCUAAUCUUAACUUCCCGUCUUA